CAAUAUAAUGGACUCGCUCAACUUCUUGGAGGCUACUGGUCCGAAGAACCUGUAGCCCAUGUCGGCGUCAGCUUCUCUCAUCCAGGCCAUAUCACCCAAGUUCCAACUGAAGGCCGCGUUAUCCUCCUCUUCUUAUAUAACAAGAAUACAUAGCGCUUGCUUCCCUUCCUCAGCCCUUCGAUCUCCUAUCAAUCGAUUCACUCAUCGUUUUCUUAAUCUCUGCCUACCUUCGCCGUCAACAAUCGUCACUGAUUCGAUGGGAAGGGUGACAGAAACUGCAGUCUCUGACGAAGAAUCGGCGAUGGACGCCAUCCAGAGACGGCUAAUGUUCGAGGACGAGUGUAUUUUGGUGGAUGAGCAUGACAAUGUUGUUGGUCAUGAGUCUAAAUACAACUGCCAUUUGAUGGAAAAGAUUGAAAAGGAAAAUUUGCUUCACAGGGCUUUUAGCGUUUUCCUGUUCAAUUCGAACUAUGAGUUGCUGCUUCAGCAAAGAUCUGCUACAAAAGUCACUUUUCCUUUAGUCUGGACAAACACCUGCUGCAGCCAUCCUCUCUAUCGUGAAUCAGAGCUCAUCAAAGAGAACUUCCUUGGCGUCAGAAACGCUGCACAAAGGAAGCUGCUUGAUGAACUGGGCAUUCCCCCCGAACACCUCCCUGUGGAUGAAUUCAUUCCUGUCGGCCGCAUGCUUUAUAAGGCUCCUUCAGAUGGAAAAUGGGGCGAGCAUGAACUUGAUUAUUUGCUGUUCAUCGUUCGUGAUGUCAAUGUGAAUCCAAAUCCAGAAGAAGUUGCGGACAUUAUGUAUGUCGAUAAGGACAAACUGAAGGAGCUGCUGAGGAAAGCCGACGCCGGCGAGGAGGGCGUAAAACUCUCACCUUGGUUCAGGCUUGUCGUAGACAAUUUCCUGAUGAAGUGGUGGGAGCAUGUGGAGAAAGGUACUCUACAUGUGGCUGCUGACAUGAAAACUAUUCAUAAGCUCACAUGAAAAUUUAGGCUACAUUAUCUACUGCCUACCAAUCAUGAGCUGCUGAGGUUUUUGUUCAAAUUUUUGUUGUAUUGGUAUUGGGGAGCCUUAUUGGCUUGCUUUUUAUCUUUGCAUGCUGUUUUCUUUGAUAAUUUAAAGUGCAGUGAAUGUUUGUGGGACUAAAUUAUUUAAAAGCAUAUGUGCUUUUGGAGAAACAUGAAAGAUAUGUUUUUUUUUUUUUUGGAAAAGUUUUAUAAUAACAUCAUGAUAUGUUUUAUAUUAGGAUGGUGUCAUUGAUUUCAUGCA